AUGAAGAGCGAGUUCCUUUUGGUUUUCCUAUUCUUGGGAAUUCUUAAUUGUGAAGCCCAAUCUUUGAAUCUCAACUCAUAUGACUAUUUAGAACUAGCCUUAAGGUGGCCAAAUUCCUAUUGCUUGACACAUGAAGGUGGUUGCAGGGACAUAGUGCCCCAAUAUUUCACUAUUUACUACCUUCGUCCCAGGAAAAGGGGAGGACCUGAUCUGCAAAACUGUCCCACACCAUUUGCUCUGCCAAAUAGCACUAUUGAAGCGAACAAAAAUGACUUACUCAAGUUUUGGCCAGAUUUAAGAACUGAUAAUUUCAUAGAGAGCAAGUCAUUAUGGAGGGACCAAUGGAAUAGGUUUGGUUCAUGCUAUAAUAUGAUGCCAGAUGACUAUAUUGCUUAUGCACUCAACAACAGAAAGAGAAAUGACCUGAAGAAAAUCUUGACCAGUGCAGGUAUUGUUGCAAGUGGAAAUCCAUAUCCAUCACGUAGAAUACUACAAGCUUUCAGGAAAGCUUUGGGUGUGAAUGUGGACAUAGUCUGUGAGCCAGAUAGAAAUGGAUAUGUUUAUCUUGCAGAGGUUCAUCAAUGUUUUGAUGUUCAAGGAACAACCCCUAUAGACUGCGACAAUAAGGCAAGAGGAUGUGAUGAUGACCCCAUCUUUCCAUAUAUGGGAUUCCAACAAGAUGAAGAUCCCAAGUAAUAACGCCAUGCAAUCAUGCAUAAGCUCCUAUAUAAUUGUAUUACCCGGCCCUAGAACAUAUAUGUAUUCAAAAUAAGGGGUUCUAAGUGUAUGCUAAGAAAAUAAUUAAUAAAAAUUUUAAAAAAAAUGUUUAACCAAAUAUGUGCAAAACAAAAAAAAUUUGUCGCCUGUUGAUAUCUACUACUUUUACAUAUGUAAAAAAUUGUUAAGAUGUUGAAAUCCCACUAUUUUUACUUGUCAUGAUAGCAUCCCUAGCUUUUGCCUAGAUAUAGAUCGCAGGGAGGCAAACACAAAUCUA